AUGUCUCACGAGCCCGCUCCACCACCCAAGUCCUUUCUCGGUCGCUAUCGCCUGCUUGCUCCUACAGCAGCGGUGAAGGUCAGCCCAUUAUGCCUGGGAGCAAUGAAUUUCGGUGAGAGUUGGAAAGGAAGACUUGGUGAAUGUGACAAGGAGACGUCCUUCAAGAUUCUGGAUACAUUUUAUGAGAAUGGAGGCAACUUUAUCGACACUGCAAAUGGGUACCAAAACGAAGAAUCCGAAGCCUGGGUCGGCGAGUGGAUGGAAAGUCGUGGAGUGAGAGAUGAAAUCGUCCUCGCUACUAAAUACACCUCCAGCUUCCAGGCAUACAACAAGAGCAAACUGCAGCCCAACUUCGUUGGAAAUAAUGCGAAGAGUCUUCGGGUUUCUGUGGAUGCCAGUCUGCGAAAAUUGAGGACUGAUUAUAUUGAUCUGUUUUAUGUCCACUGGUGGGACUUUAGCACUUCUAUUGAAGAAGUCAUGACCUCCCUCAACCAACUCGUCACUUCUGGUAAAGUGAUUUACUUGGGUAUCAGCGAUACUCCGGCCUGGGUCGUUAGCAAAGCAAACCAAUGUAAGAAUACAUCUCUUGCGCAUUUGAAAUUUUUGGCUAACAAAUCCUCAGAUGCUCGUGAUCAGGGUCUUCGCCCCUUCUCCGUAUACCAAGGUCAAUGGAACGCCGCCCGUCGUGACUUCGAACGCGACAUAAUCCCAAUGUGCGCAUCCGAAGGCAUGGGUCUCUGUCCUUGGGGCGCCCUCGGCAGCGGCUGUUUCAAAACCGCAUCCCAGCGUGAAGAAAUUGCGGAGCAUGGAAAUCCAGGUCGAAAGGGGAUCACGCGGGACAUUGAUAUUGCAGUGUCGGACGUACUCGAGAAAGUUGCCCUUCGACACGACACGUUUAUUACAAGUGUGGCGCUUGCGUACGUUAUGAAGAAGUUCCCGUAUGUUUCGCCCAUUGUUGGUGGACGGAAGGUUGAGCAUUUAUUGGGUAAUAUUGAAGCUUUGGGAUUGCAGCUUGAGGACUCGGAUAUUGAUGAGAUUGAGGCUGCUUAUGACUUUGACCUUGGCUUCCCCAUGAGUUUCCUUUUCCGGGGUGAGAACAAGGAGGCGCAUCCGAAGAAUAGUACUUUCUUGGUCGGUGCUGCGAGGAUGGAUUAUCCUGAUAUGAUUAGACCUCCUACUGUUAAGUCGCUGGACCAAGCUUAA